AUGGGAUUUCCAAACUUUAGAGAAACAGAUGUUUUGAUGCGAAUCCAUGAGGGAGUCUAUACUAGUCCAAAAAAGCCUUCAAUGAGACCUCAAAAUUUCGAUAAGAAUCAGAGAAUGCUGAUCUAUGACAAUACAAAUUACUUCCUCGAAGACAAACCUGGCUUUUUAUUGAACAUUUUAACUUUUACAUCAAUGGCUGCAACUUUUCAUAUGGGAUUUUAUCUGGCUCUACCAUUUUAUUAUUGGAUUACCCCGAGUAUAAUCUCAGGUAUAGGGUCUUUUUUGCUAGUAUCUGCAUGGUACGAGAAAUCAAUUUCAAUUGCAUAGAUCCAUUUAAUCUAAAAUGAGAAAAAUUUUGAAUUUACUGAUAAUGCAGCAAUUGUAUUAGCUAAUGGUAAGGAGAUUUAAUGUAAAAUAUCUGAGUUAAAGCUGAUUGAUCAUGAUGAAUCAAAUGUCAAAUUAAGUAUCAAAGAGAAUAAGAAGAUAUUUAUCUUGUCUGUUGAUCCGGAAAAUCAAUCUUAAUACAUCAACUUAUAAUUUACUUUUGCAGCGCUAAACAUUCACACUUAGGGAAUAUUUAUCUGUGAAAAUCCAAAGAGGCUUAAAUAGACAGAAUAAAAGAAAUGA